AAUUUAUAUGGAUAAAAUAAUUAUUAGAUAUCAAAACAGCAAGAACAUGCUGAUUUCAUAAAAUGUAUUCAUGAAAACGUCUGGCCCAAUCAGGCCAGGUUUAGUGAACUUUCCCGCUGUAAAGCUUAUCGCCAACAGGGGGCAGCAGAGUAGCUUCCAACAACCAUGUGUGGCUUCCUUUUGUAGAUCUCAUCGCCAACAGGGGGCAGCAGAGUAGCUCCCAACAACCGUGUGUGGCUUAUGUUGAUCUCAUCGCCAACAGGGGGCAGCAGAGUAGCUCCCAACAACCGUGACGUCAUUGUUAAAUAGUGACUUGCUCACCGCAAUCGUUCACGGAGUGACUCCUCUUUCCAAAAAUAAAGACUCUUGGAGACGCGUCACUUCCGCCGUAACUGCCGUUUUCUUGGCUGCUCAGUCAGUGAGCAGCCUGUUUGCUUUGCCUCAACAACAACAAAGACAAGAAGAAGCUUCACAAAAACAACAAUUCCCAUUUUGUGCUGACAAAUGUUCCCCCACCGUGCAGUGCUUGUUAUAAGCAAAGCCGGAAAUGCUUCGUCGUGGCCGCUAGCAGUUUGUUCGCCUGCCCGCUAGCAUUCGGGGGACCAGCAGAACCGGAACCACAAACUCCGGGAAGGGCGCCGCGGCGGAUGGCAUGAUGAGCAAAGCGGCCACCGUGGAGAUCCCCAUCAACAGCAACGGUGACAUGAGCACGCUAGCGGAGGACGAUAGCCUGGAGCAGGCGACAAAGCGGCAGUGGCAUUUAGAUGAGAAGGACCUGCAGCAGGUGAUGGUAUCGGGUCCGAACCUCAACGAGACCAGCAUCGUGUCGGGCGGCUACGGCGGUUCGGCACAGGGCGUCGUCAUCCCCACCGGAUCCAUCAAAGGCCCGGCCGUGCGCUACAAUCCCGACUUUAACAAACGGAUCCUGGUCGCAGGUUCUGGAUCGUCCGCGGCGGCGGAUGAGGCCGCCCGAGGCGUGGCGGCGGAGAAGCUGGAGAGCGUCAAGAAAUGGGGUCUCAACACUUACAAGUGCACCAAGCAGAUGUUCUCGGAACGUUUUGGGCGCGGCUCGCGGACGGUGGACCUCGAGCUGGAGGCGCAGAUUGAGCUACUGCGGGACACCAAGCGCAAAUACGAGAGCGUGCUGAGACUGGCCCGAGCGCUGACCGAUCAUUUCUACAACAUGGUGCAGACGCAGCAGGCGCUGGGCGACACCUUCGCCGACCUGAGUCAAAAGUCGCCGGAGCUUCGGGACGAGUUUGGCUACAACGCCGAAACGCAAAAGCUGCUGUGCAACAACGGCGAGACUCUGCUCGGCGCCAUCAACUUCUUUGUGUGCAGCAUCAACACGCUGGUCAACAAGACCAUGGAGGACACGCUCAUGACCAUCAAGAUGUUUGAAAAUGCCAGGUUGGAAUUCGACGCGUACCGCUCGGACCUGGAGGAGCUCAGCUUGGGGCCUCGGGAUGCGGCGGCCGUGGCCCGCAUAGACGCGGCGCAGCGGCAGUACCAAGUCCAGAAAGACAAGUACGAACGACUGCGCUCGGACGUCUGCGUCAAACUCAACUUCCUGGAGGAGAACAAGGUGAAGGUCAUGCACAAGCAGCUGCUGCUCUUCCACAACGCCAUCUCGGCGUACUUCGCCGGCAACCAACAGCAGCUGCAGCAAACGCUCGAGCACUUCAACAUCAAGCUGAAGCCGCCCGGAGCCGACAAGCCGUCCUGGCUGGAGGAGUCGUGAGGAGGAGCUGACCGGACCGUGCCCGCCAGCCUGGAAUAGCGAGCGGGCCAGUUCCCCGCAAGCUUGCAAUCGUGCGUUUCGACGACUCUGCUUCGAUGUCGAGUUCGCGGACUGAAAGCCAUCGAAGCGCCACCCGGUGGAAACGGAGGCAACGUCUCCAAUCAAUGGCAAAUUUUUACUUGAAAAGGAAACUUUUUUUUUUCUAUUUCAUUUUGGGCUCGACUUGGCCAACGUGCAAAUUUGUGGACCAAACCACUCCUGUCUUGUAUUGUACUUAGCUUUACUCAUUUACCUGUUUAUGGCGGCGUUAGUUGGCUCUUUGUUGAGGUUGACUACUACACAAAAGACAAUUAAACGUGAUAUAUGGGAACAC